GGUAGGUGUACCGGUAUGGCUCUGGGGAGUGGGAUUUUUUAUACGUUAUUUAUCGCAAUUCGGGGAAAUUUUUUACCAAGCAGACUACUGUUGAUUAGGCCUAGUUGAAUCCUCGUUAGUCGUUAUCAUUUGAGCCUUUGUGAGAAAUUGUGCCUUCACAAUGAAUGCAGCGGUAACCAGUUAUGGGACUAACACUUUUCCAAAAAUGAAUGAACAAGUUUUCCAACAGCUUGACUUAACAGGAAAAUUAAUCAUUAAGGUUCAGCUGGGUGAUGAUAUUAGAAGGAUCCCCAUCCACAAUGAGGCGAUCACAUACGAUGAGCUAGUCUUGAUGAUGCAAAGAGUGUUUAGAGGAAAGUUAACCAGCACUGAUGAUAUAACAAUCAAGUACAAAGAUGAAGAUGGGGAUCUGAUAACCAUUUUUGACAGUUCCGACCUAUCUUAUGCAGUGCAGUACAGCCGAGUGCUGAAGCUCACACUGAUUGUCAACAACGGUGACAUCAGUCGUCUCUACCAACCCCUUGAACUGAGAAAAAUUCAGAAAGAGUUGAAACGUGUCCGAGACCAAGUGAACCACCUCUUAGAUCUCAUUGACAUACGAGACCCUGAGGUGUCCAGUUCAACUGCUGACCACUACAAAAGAGGUCAUUCUAUUGAUGAUUAUGAUCGUGAUCGUGAGAGGGGGCGGUCCAAGAGGCAUAGGUGGACAGGUGGUCGUCCGCCUUGGCAGCGAGAAUCAGAAAAGGGAAGAGAUGGAAAGCAAAGUUCUAAAGAAUUUGACCCUCUUCAAAAGGAAGAUAAAUUAGAGGCUAAUGGAGACGAAAAAGAGAAAGAUGAAAGCGAGGUGAAGGAGAAGGAAGUAAAGGAAAACCUGAACAAGGCAGACCAACAGAUCUUGCAGGCCCAGACUGAUGCUCAGAGGGCUCUGAUAGCUCAGCAGCAACAGCACGGCCUGGCCUUGGCAGCAGCACAGCAGCACGCAGCUCAACAGGCUGCAGCUCAACACCAGGCAUUGUCACUAGCAGCAGCUGCGCAGAUAGCUCAAGCACAAGGAAUAUCACAGCAACAAGUUCCUCCAGGGUAUGUGACUCCCCAGCAGUAUGGUGUAGCAGCUCAGCAGGCAAUGAUGGGAGUCCCGCAGCAAGGCUAUGUUUAUCCCCAGUUUUCUCCUGCCCCGCAAGUGUAUGGAGCGUCCCCAGGCCAGCCAGCUGCGGCAAUGACAUCUCGGUUCUCAGCUCAGCCAUCUCCUACCUCCAACAACCCCUACACCAAGCCUGGUACUUCCAACUUUAGGCAGUAGACACAGUGUCUUUAAACUAGACUGAUCUAUUCAAACUUGAGUAAAAAUGGAUGACUGUGGAUGUCAGGAGCAAAAAAGUAUUGACUUUUAAAGAUAAUGUCUAUGUGAAUGCGGUUGUAGACUGAGCAAUCACAGUGAAAGGCUUGCAUGUUAGUGUUUAAAUGAAUGCAAUUAUUUCAACUUAUAAGUUAUUCAAUAUCAAGUUACUGGAUCUAGGGAAUUUAAAUAAAAAUAUAUUUUAUGUAUGGAAGUCAACUUAUUCCAGAGCAUUUAGUUAGGUUUGUUUUUUAUGUUAAAUUAUUUCCCACUAAGCACGCAUCAAGCAAGCAUCAUCAAAUAAUGAUCCUAAACUUGUACUGUGUGAUAACGCAAAUAAAUGUAUAGUAAAAGGUUAAAUUUGUACCAUUUAUCAAAAGUAAUCAAAAUUAACAUUCUAAACAGUUAACUGAGAGUUACUUUAUAUUGUCAAAAAAUAUGUCUUCUCUGUUUUUUAUUAUUGAUAUUUAUGAGAUUUUUAUAUGGUAGGUUUCCAACAUUGAACUGUAUAAUUUAAUUUUACUGUUACAAUCGAAAAAUACUAAUAACCUUAGAAUAUGAAGAUUUAUCCAUAAUUAUUUUGUUUUAUUGUUAUUUUCCUGUG